GGCGCACGGAGCAAGAAAGGCUCGUCGUUUCUUUCGAGGCAAAAGCAUAGAAAGAGAGGGGGCCACUGAGAUUUGAUUGGCUGAGGAAGGCAGAGCCAAAAACACUGUGGCCAGGAAACGGCUCGAAUUUCGGGGGACGUAAAGGAGGAGAAAAAAUCUAGUAAACCUGACAAAGCGUCUGAGAACAGUACUAGGAUUGUCUGGGAAGAAGACGCUCUGCCGCGAGGGAUCAUAUAUUGAUGGAUUCUAUGUUUUUGGAGAGUUUAUGUUCUUUUUUUACCCAUUAGUUCAUCAUAAAUUGCAUACCUUUCGUUUGGAUGAAGAGUGCGCUCGCUCUGGUACACUGACAUUUGAGUUGACUAGCAACUUGGUGAAGAAGUUUCAGGGACGUAGCUAUGUUUUUCUAGUUAUUUUUCAAGGAUAUGGAUUUAAAUUCGGAUUUUUUAAAGUGCCAUGGAAAUGACUUCGUGAUUUAAUAAUACAUUUUCAGUGAUUUUCUUUUGUUGCUCGUCCAAUUUGGGGAAAGUAAAAAAAUCGCUGCUUGGCAUUUUUGGUGCAGUGGGGUGAAUUUGCUCCAUCGGGACUAGGCUACACAUUCCUCUCGAUUCGGCACAGGCACUCGCCUCCUGCCUUGUCCAUGCAUGCGAAUCGGAGUUCUUCCAGACUUUAGGUAGUUAUUCGUUCCUUUCCUCAGCCCAGGUGAUUGGGGGAAUUCACAGUUGAGUGACAGGCCGGGCAGCCUGCAGUUGAUGGUUGGGUGGAGCCCCUCAGAUGGGAUCAGUGUCCAGGGGGAGGCAGAGCCUGAGGAGGGGGGGAUGGGGGACGGACUCACCCUCCACUAACGGGAUGGCCUCGUGGGCCUGGCUGCUCGCCACCAUCCUGCUGUCCCUAGCAACGGCUACUUUGGCAAGGCCGCCAUACACUGCCGCCGAGGAAGAGGAGGCUACGCUAGAACCCGAAGAGCCUCCGACCAAAUACCAAAUCUCUAAGCCCACCGUGUGCUCGGUGCACCCGGGGGAACUGCUGAAGCUCAGCUGCCUUCUGGCCGGGGAGCCCGGGGCCAUCACCUGGACUAAGGAUGGUUCCACUCUGGGGGCCAACAACCGCACCCUGAUAGAACAGGAGGUUCUGCAGAUCCGCGACGCCACGCCCAAGGACUCUGGGCUGUACGCGUGCAGCACUGUGGGCCCUCAGGGCAGCGACACGCUCUGCUUCAUAGUGAACGUCACAGAUGCCAUCUCGUCUGGGGACGAUGAGGACGACACAGAGCGAUCAGAGGACGUGGGGGCGGACGGAGAGCAGAUAAGGGCGCCCUAUUGGACGAUGUUGGAGAAGAUGGAGAAGAGGCUGCACGCUGUGCCUGCUGCCAACACAGUCAAGUUCCGCUGUGCUGCCGGGGGCAACCCACGUCCUAAGAUGCGCUGGCUGAAGAACAGCCGACCAUUCCGACAGGAGGACCGCAUGGGCGGGUAUAAGGUGCGUCACCAGCACUGGACCCUGAUUAUGGAGAGUGUGGUGCCGUCAGACAAGGGCAACUACACUUGCCUGGUGGAGAACGCAUACGGUGCCAUCAAUCACACCUACACCCUGGAUGUAGUGGAACGGUCCCCCCAUCGGCCCAUUCUCCAAGCAGGGCUGCCAGCCAACACCAGUGUGCAAGUGGGGGAAGACGCACGCUUCGUGUGUAAGGUGUACAGCGACGCUCAGCCCCACAUUCAGUGGCUGCAGCACAUCCAGAAGAAUGGUAGUCGCACUGGCCCAGACGGACACUCCUACGUCCGCGUCCUAAAGCGCUCGGGCAUCAAUAGCUCGGACGUGGAGGUGCUCACGCUCACCAACGUGACCGAGGAGGAUGCCGGAGAGUAUACCUGUAAAGUCUCCAAUUAUAUAGGGGCGGUCAACCAGUCGGGCUGGCUGACCGUCAUCCCAGCCAGUAACGACGAGGCGGUGACGGGUCUGAUGUCACCUGACUAUGUGGAGAUAGCCAUCUACUGCAUCGGGGUGUUCUUGAUCGCCUGUAUGGUGGUCAUCGUGGUGGUGUGCCGGAUGAGGAAUACGGCUAAGAAGCCUGACUUUGGGAACCAGCCAGCGGUCCACAAACUCAGCAAGCAGAUACCUCUGCGCCGCCAGGUGUCAAAUGACUCCAGCUCCUCGAUGAACUCCAGCACUCCGUUGGUCCGCAUCACCACACGACGCAGCUCGGCUGGCCACGACGACCCCAUCCCAGAGUAUGACCUCCCUGAGGACCCACGCUGGGAGUUCUCCAGAGACAGGUUGACUCUGGGCAAGCCGUUGGGCGAGGGCUGCUUUGGCCAGGUGGUGAUGGCUGAAGCGUUAGGCAUCGAUAAGGACAAGCCGAAGGAGGCCAUCACAGUGGCCGUGAAGAUGCUGAAAGACGAUGCUACAGAGAAAGACCUGUCUGACCUUGUGUCAGAGAUGGAGAUGAUGAAGAUGAUUGGGAAACACAAGAACAUCAUCAACCUACUAGGGGCCUGUACACAAGAUGGCCCUCUGUAUGUGAUAGUGGAGUAUGCCUCUAAAGGGAACCUGAGGGAGUACCUACGUGCCCGCAGGCCCCCUGGCAUGGAGUAUUCCUAUGAUAUUAACCGCUGCUCAGACGAACAGCUCGCCUUCAAGGACCUGGUCUCCUGUACCUACCAGGUGGCACGGGGCAUGGAAUAUCUCGCCUCGCAGAAGUGUAUACAUAGAGAUCUAGCAGCGAGGAAUGUCCUGGUCACAGAAAGCAACUUUAUGAAGAUUGCAGACUUUGGCCUGGCCAGAGAUGUCCACAACAUUGAUUACUAUAAAAAGACAACUAACGGUCGUCUCCCGGUGAAGUGGAUGGCUCCUGAGGCUCUCUUCGACCGUGUGUACACUCACCAGAGCGAUGUCUGGUCAUUUGGGGUGCUAAUGUGGGAGAUCUUCACCCUGGGGGGUUCUCCGUACCCCGGCAUCCCCGUAGAAGAGCUCUUCAAGCUGCUGAAAGAGGGCCAUCGCAUGGACAAGCCUGGCAACUGCACCAACGAGCUGUACAUGAUGAUGAAAGACUGUUGGCAUGCCAUUUCCUCCCAUCGACCCACCUUCAAGCAGUUGGUGGAGGAUCUAGACCGUAUCCUGACCCUGGUCACAAAUGAGGAGUAUCUGGACCUGUGUGCCCCAGCGGAGCAGUAUUCUCCCAGCUUCCAGGACACACGCAGUUCCUGUUCCUCCGGUGACGACUCUGUGUUCUCCCAUGACCUACCAGAAGAGCCCUGCCUCUCAAAGUACCAGCACGUCAAUGGGGCCGUCAAAACAUGAGGCCUCCCCUCCUCAAUCCCUCCAUCGAGCCUGACCUGCCCCUCACCCUUACAACCCCCCCCCCCCCCAAAGAGACACUUCCAUAGAGAGAAACUGAGAUAUACCCCCACAACUAACCCCCUCAAACCACAAACCUCCUGCCCCCCCAACCCCCCUUUUUCUCCCAAUGGACUUUAUUUUUUAUUUUUUUAUUUCACCUUUAUUCAACCAGGUAGGCCAGUUGAGAACAAGUUCUCAUUUACAACUGCGACCUUGGCCAAGAUGAAGCAAAGCAGUGCGACAAAAACAAACAACACAGAGUUACACAUAAACAAACGUACAGUCAAUAACACAGUAGAAAAAAAUCUAUGUACAGUGUGUGCAAAGACAGAGUUUGCAAAGGACUAACGGACUGGAUGAGACUGGGCCGGUGGCAGCGCUGCUGUUAGAACUGAACACAUUCACCCACGUUUAUACCCAUGUUCAAGGUCUUAAGGAGAGGACAGGGACCCCCUUUCUUGUCGUUUUGUUAUUUGUUCGGUUGUCUUCCACAAGAGUUUGGAAUUUACAACUUGUGCCUUCCAUGAUUCCAUUCCGCUGACUGCCAUUCUAAGACUUUAGUUUGUGCCCAGAGGGAAAAUAUGGACCUUAAUGAACUGAAAAAACAAGGAAUUCAAAAAGAGGACAGCAAAAUAGGAAGUGGAGUGAAAGAAGGCAUCAACUAACAAAAACGGUUUAAUAGGAGAAGAGCGCUUACAGACACAGCCUCUUGUUUAUAUUUUGUAAUAUUGUCUUGUUUCUUUUUAUCUUCUCUUGAUAAUCCCACACACAUAUUAUUAUUAUGGCGAAAAAAUAAUGCAUAAAUAUAGUGCUGAGUAAAAUUGUAAAUAUAUUCAAAUAUGUAUAAAUAUAUAAAUAGUAUAUAUUUACAGUUAAUUAUUUUUUGUAUGGACUCCAGAAUAAUUCCCCCCUCUCCCGUCCUCCCUCUUUGGGUUUGAGACAGGUGUGUCAUCACCCAGGUUAUGUUUCUGUUCUCUUGUGUUCUUUUAGACACAAACACAAGCAUGCACACGUACACACACACACACACACACACAAACACCUGUCUCGCUCUCACUCAAUGACACAGAGGAGUAUUAUUGGCUUUCAGGGAAAGAGAUAGCAUGUUAAUUUAUUUACUUUUUUUAUGAAAUCAAAAAGUUGAAAAAAGAACAAAAAUAGUAAGAAAGAAUUAAUGCUAUUAAUGAUGCUGAUAACAAAGAAUAAAUAAUUCAUUAUUUUUAUUAUGGUCAUUUAAAGUAUCUUUCAGAGGUAACAGAAAUAAAGCUAUUUUUGGUAGUGGGUGUUAAAAAGAUCCUGGUUUCGUACAUUUUAUAUAUAAAUGUGAAUAUUAAGUUACAAUUUAAAUACUGUACAUUUUAUAGUUUGCUAAUCCCUUUCUUAUAUAGAUGAUGCAGUUUCUAUCCAGUCAUUUUACUAUUUCUUAGGUUUGCAAAUGGAAUGAGAUUUCUGGAUAUUUACAGUACAUUCAGAAAGUCUCCAGACCCCUUCACUUUUUUCACAUUUUGUUACGUUACAGCCUUAUUCUAAAAUGUAUUAAAUAAAACAUUAUCCUCAUCAAUCUACACACAAUACCCCAUAAUGACAAAGUUAAAACAGGUUUUUGGACAUUUUUGCAAAUGAAAAAAUAAAUAAAUAGAAAUACCUUAUUUACAUAAGUAUUCAAACCCUUUGCAAAUGAGACUCGAAAUUGAGCUCAGGUGUAUCCUGUUUCCAUUGAUCAUCCUUGAUGUUUCUACAACUUGAUUGGAGUCCACCUGUGGUGCAUUUAAUUGAUUGCACAUGAUUUGUAAAGGCACACACCUGUCUAUAUAAGGUCACACAGUGAACAGUGCAUGUCAGAGCACAAACCAAGCCAUGAGGUUGAUGCAAUUGUCCGUAGAGCUCCGAGACAGGAUUGUGUCAAGCACAGAUCUGGUGAAGGGUAUAAAAAAAUUCCGCAGCAUUGAAGGUCCCCAAGAACACAGUGGCCUCCAUCAUUCUUAAAUGGAAGAGGUUUGAAACCACCAAUACUCUUCCUAGAACUGGCCGCCCUGCCAAACUGAGCAAUCAGGAGAAAAGGGCCUUGGUCAGGGUGGUGACCAAGAACCCGAUGGUCACUCUGAAAGAGCUCUAGAGUCCCUUAGGAGAUGGGAGAACCUUCCAGAAGGACAACCAUCUCUGCAGCACUCUACCAAUCAGGCCUUUAUGGUAGAGUGGCCAGACAGAAGCCACUCCUCAGUAAAAGACACAUGACAGCCCACUUGGAGUUUGCCAAGAAGCACCUAAAGGAGUCUCAGACCAUGAGAAACAAGAUUCUCUGGUCUGACGAAACCAAGAUUGAACUCUUUGGCCUGAAUGCCAAGCGUCACGUCUGGAGGAAACCUGACACCUCCUUACAGUGAAGCAUGGUGGUGGCAGCAUCAUGCAGUGGGGAUUUAAGACUCAAGGCUGUAAUUGCUGCCAAAGGGGCUUCAACAAAGUACCAAGUAAAGAGUCUGGAUACUUAUGUAAAUGUGAUACUUCCGUUUUAAAUUUUUUAUACAUUUGCAAAAAUUCCUAAAAACCUGUUUUUGCUUUGUAAUUAUGGGGUAUUAUGUGUAGAUUGAAGGGGGGGGGGGGCGAUUUAAUCAAUUUAAAAAUAAAUCUAACGUAAUAAAAUGUGUAAAAAGUGAAGGUCUGAAUACUUUCCGAAUGCACUGGAUAUGAUUGAAAACUACCCACUAGCAAUCUGUUACUUCAUUUAGGCUUAAAGAUUAACACCAGAGGAUUCAAAGCUCAAAAACAAAAGUAUUAAAUCAAUUAUGUUUUUUUUCUUCUAGUGGACCAAGUUUAAGAUGUUUUUUUUGCAAGUGUUCUUGUCACAUUUGAAAAAUAAAAGAUAGAAAAACAA